AUGACGAGAUCAGCGAGCCUUUGCGCUGCAAUUGAUGCCUGGCGGGUCACUGUCCAAACGCCCGACGAGCACGGCAAACACGGCGAACAGUCGCAGCCAAGCCGUCCGCGAAAACGACACCGCAUCCAUCCCAACACUGAGUCGAGGGCUCCAUUGUCACCGCCAUCGUCGCACUCUCCCUGUUUCGUUUCUUCUCUGAUGGAAUCCAGGCCUCUUACAGGAGUCAAACGAAAGCAUGACAACAGUCGGCAGGACAAUGGCGGCGACGAAGAGCCAAGCGCAAGCCUUCUUCCUAAUAUGCACGACAUCCAUUCCACGCCGCGAGCGUCCCAGCUCAACGACCAACGCAUUGCUCGCACAUCCACGCCUAGCCUCUCAUCGGCGUCCAGCGUUUCAUCACGGACGUCCUCACCUACGAAACAACUGAGAAGACUGGCUCUUCAGGCCGACGGCUUUGUCCAUCGCAAGUUUGCGAAGAGCCGCGCUGAACUGCCCUCCUCGCUCGCCACACUCGUCAACGAGCUGCAGGGAAUCUGUUGGGGGUUUCAGCUACUGCCGCGUGAUAUGCGCACCGAGUUUGCUGACUUCGAUAUACCAGAUCACGCUUAUUUCCCCGAGGGCAUUCCUGCACCAGCCGGCUUCCGGUGCCCACCCCGAGAUCUCGUUGCAUGGCUGCUAGACCAGGCCGAAGACUGCGAAAUCAACCUUCACGGCGAACCUAGCUGGAACACGGAGCU